AAAUUAAAACAACAUUCCAGAGAUAACAAAAAUCAAAGGAAGAAGAAGAAAACCCAAGGGAAAGGUUUGAUUUCUUCCUUUCUUCUUCACCUUUAGAUUCCAACCUCCGCCGAUUCAUGGCCGAGUUGACUCAGGCGGAUGUCGUUUACUCUCGUCGGUCGCUUCAACUGUGGAAGACUCUGGUGAACUGCCUCGCCUUCUUCUACCAGAUCUUCCUCCAGAUCCUCCGCGCCGUCGGAUACCAUCCUCUCCUCUCUUCCUCCGCCGAUGGUUUCAAACCCUUACCGAACAUCGAACUGCUCGAAACGGUGGCGGAUUCUCCCGCCUCCGUGGAAAUCGAGUCCUCAAUCGAAGUCGAACGCAGCCGAUUCCAGAGACUCAAGGUAGUUCUCGACUUGGACGAGACGUUAGUCUGUGCAUAUGAGACUUCUAGUCUACCUGCUGCUUUGCGUAAUCAAGCCAUUGACGCUGGAUUAAACUGGUUCGAGCUUGAGUGCUUGUCAUCAGACAAGGAAGUUAAUGGGAAACCUAAGAUCAAUUAUGUCACGGUCUUUGAGCGUCCAGGAUUGCACGACUUCUUAGAGCAACUUAGCCACUUUGCAGAUCUUGUUCUCUUCACCGCUGGUCUUGAAGGGUAUGCGAGACCACUUGUGGACAGGAUAGAUACCAGGAAAGUACUCAGCAACCGACUUUAUCGACCUUCAACAGUCAGCACGCAAUACAGAGAUCACGUGAAAGAUCUGUUAAGCACAUCAAAGAAUAUGUCUAGGACUGUGAUUGUUGACAACAAUCCUUUCAGCUUCUUAUUGCAACCAUCAAAUGGGAUUCCAUGUGUUGCCUUUUCCGCUGGGCAGCCAAAUGACACUCAGCUUUUGGACGUUAUACUUCCACUUCUUAAGCAACUUUCAGAGGAAGAAGAUGUAAGACGGACACUUUAUGAUCGGUUCCACAUGCCUGAAUGGUUUCAGAAGCAAGGCAUACCAACUUCGUGCUGGAAUCCAUGAACUGAUUAAGCAGAAACUAAUGGAUAUAUAUCAGAAAUCUUUGGUCCACUCAAUAAGGCAAAGGACUUGGUUGGUACAGUAUUUUCAGCAAUGAAAACGUGAGGAGAAGGAAGGCACAUAAAAUUACCAUUUGUACUGUUUAUAUUCUAUGGUAGAAGGUUCCUUUUAGUGAUCUGUUACACAUUCUUGGUUUCAUGUAAUUUCUCUAGCUUUCUUUGUAAUAUUGGUUAAUAAUCAAAGCAUUAAUUUUCUUUUAA